AUGGGAGGGGCAGGCGUUGUGCUGCUGCUGCUGCUGGCCGGAGCGGGCGCCGGGGUGGCCUGGAGACCACCAAAGGGAAAGUGCCCUCCGAGCUGCUCCUGCUCCAAGGAUAGUGCCCUGUGUGAGGGCUCUCCAGACCUGCCCGAGAGCUUCUCCCCGACCCUGCUGUCACUCUCACUCGUUAGGACUGGAAUCACCCAGCUGAAGGCCGGAAGCUUCCUGAGGGUGCCCACACUGCACCUGCUCCUCUUCACAUCCAACUCCUUCUCUGUGAUUGAGGACGAUGCAUUUGCGGGCCUGUCCCACCUGCAGUACCUCUUCAUCGAGGACAAUGACAUUGGCUCCAUCUCUAAGAACGCUCUCAGAGGACUUCGCUCACUCACACACCUGAGCCUGGCCAGUAAUAAUCUCGAGACCCUCCCCAGAUUCCUGUUCCGAGGCCUGGAGACCCUAACUCAUGUGGACCUCCGCGGGAACCCGAUCCAGUGUGACUGCCGCGUCCUCUGGCUGCUGCAGUGGAUGCCCACCGUGAAUGCCAGCGUGGGGACUGGGGCCUGCGCCGGCCCCACUGCUCUGGCCCACAUGCAGCUCCGCCACCUGGACCCCAAGACGUUCAAGUGCAGAGCCAUAGAGCUGUCCUGGUUCCAGACGGUCGGGGAGGCGGCGCUGGGUGUGGAGUCUUUCUCCUACCAGGGGGAGCCCCACAUCGUCCUGGCACAGCCGUUUGCGGGCCGUUGUCUGGUCCUCACCUGGGACUACAGCCUGCAGCGUUUCCGGCCCGAGGAAGAGCUGUCCGCGCCCUCGGUGGUGUCCUGCAAGCCACUGGUGCUGGGCCCGAGCCUCUUCGUGCUGGCCGCCCGCCUGUGGGGUGGCUCGCAGCUGUGGGCCCGGCCCGGCCCCGGCCUGCGCCUGGCCCCCACACAGGCCCUGGCCCCACGACGGCUGCUGCGGCCCAAUGACGCCGAGCUCCUGUGGCUGGACGGGCAGCCCUGCUUCGUGGUGGCCGACGCCUCCAAGGCGGGCAGCACCACGCUGCUGUGCCGGGACGGGCCCGGCUUCUACCCUCGCCAGAGCCUACACGCCUGGCACCGGGACACGGAUGCCGAGGCCCUCGAGCUGGACGGCCGGCCCCACCUGCUGCUGGCCUCUGCAUCACAGCGGCCCGUGCUCUUCCACUGGCUCGGGGGCCGCUUCGAGAGGCGCACAGACAUCCCCGAGGCUGAGGACGUCUAUGCCACGCGUCACUUCCAGGCCGGCGGGGACGUGUUCCUGUGCCUGACACGCUACAUCGGGGACUCCAUGGUCAUGCGCUGGGACGGCUCCAUGUUCCGCCUGCUGCAGCGACUGCCCUCGCGUGGUGCCCACGUCUUCCAGCCGCUGCUCAUCGCCAGGGACCAGCUGGCUAUCCUGGGCAGCGACUUCGCCUUCAGUCAGGUCUUGCGUCUUGAGCCUGACAAAGGGCUCCUGGAGCCGCUGCAGGAGCUGGGGCCCCCAGCCUUGGUGGCCCCCCGUGCCUUUGCUCACAUCACCGUGGCCGGCAGACGCUUCCUCUUCGCCGCUUGCUUCAAGGGCCCCACACAGAUCUACCAGCAUCACGAGCUAGACCUCAGUGCCUGAAACGCGAGGGGACCUUGAGACCUUGGACACGGCUCGGAGGGGAGGGGGCACUGGCGCGGGGAGUCCCAGGCCUCUGGACGCUCACUUGAACGGCCUCCUGGCCCUACCCGGGGUGAUGGUAUCUGUGAGGUACCGACCACAGGCCGAGUUCAAGACAAGGGCCUUGAACUUCCAGUCUGAAGCAACAUCUCAGCCCGUGGCACACGCUCCGACCAAGCAUGACUUGGGGCUCGGCUGGGGCACCGCAAGAAGCUGGGGUACCGAAGCCAUGGUGGGGGCGAUGUGCAGAACUCCAUGAGGUCCGGAAGAGCCCCCUCAAGCCCACUCCCCUCCUGCUCCCUCUGAAAAUACUGAGGAGGAGAGAGCUUUCCUUUUCCCUCUAAACUCAUUCUGGCCAAUCUCUUUUAGUGCCCGCCUCCGUGACGUCAUCAGUCGCUGGGCGGGUUUCCCCGCCAGGGCCUGCUAACUUCCUCUGCUGCUUUGUGCGCAUGCCUCCUGCCCAGGCGGAAGCCCAGCGUGUUGGCCCUCUUGCGCCUGCGCAAGAAAUAGGUGGGAAAGUAGGUGUUGUGGCUGGAGCCCCCGCUACCCUUUCUCUGGAGAGGACGGGAAGUGUAUAAGCUCAAUAAACACGCUGUGCACCUGC